AUGCCAAUGGUGCCAGAUUACAUGUCCAAUGGAGUAUCAUCACGACAAGCGUUAAUUGGAGCCGUCAAGAAGAAGAAAGACCAGGGUCCCAAGACUAGACCCGCGUUCGUUCUAAAAGUAUGGAAUAUGGUCAAUGACCCUGCAAAUCAUGACUAUAUCCGGUGGACAGAUGAUGGAGAAGCAUUUGUUGUUGUGCACCGUGAAGAGUUUAUGAAGUUGAUCUUGCCAAACUACUUCAAACACAAUAACUUUGCGUCGUUCGUACGCCAGUUGAACAUGUAUGGCUGGCACAAGGUGCAAGAUGUCACCAGCGGCACAAUGAAGGAGGGCUCCAACCUGGACGAUGCCUUCCAGUUUAAGAAUCCUGACUUCAUUCGCGGAAGGGAGGAUCUACUAGACAACAUUGUGCGGAACAAGUCGAACCUGGAAGAGGAUAAUAGCUUGGUGAACUUGCAAGUAAUGACAACCGAGGUUGACAAGCUCAAGAUGACACAGUUGGCAAUGCUGGAGGACUUGAGAAGGAUCCGCGCCGAUAACCAGAACCUCUGGCAGGAAAUUGUCAACGCAAGAGAUAGAGAGCGCAAGCUGUCCCAGAUGAUACAAAAAAUCGUCAAUUUUGUGGAGGCCGCCUACGGCAAGUCUGCUGGAAAGAUUUUCGAGGUGCAGAACGGUCCACAUGAUGCCAAUAAUCAGGUACUGGCUUUCAACAAUCAAGCCAAACAGGGUUACCGCAAUAAUCCACAGGGUAACAACAUUUACUCACCAUCUCCAACGCCAGUACAGCGGCCACGGUUGAUGUUGAUGGAUCUGACAUACCAGAAGACACCUUCGGAUACUAGAUCGCCAUCUUCCACAUGGAAGGACGGUUCAGUUGAGGAGAUAGUGAGAAAUGGAGAAGACUAUGACUCAAACAAUAAGUUCCUCCAACAAUUUAUGAACCAAGAGCCUGUGGAUUCACCUCGUCAUUUCUUCCCGGAGUUGCAGAACAACUACUUUGGCAAUCAAGAUUCGAACGACAAUUUCCAGAAACUCGAGCAGAAGCUCCAAGAUCACGGCAAUGAUUUGGCCCACACACAAGAGUGGAUUGAUCAGAUCAGUAAGCAGCAGCAGCAGCAACAACAACAACUGCAGCAACUGCUGAAGAGUCCGUCUAACGCAGAUUCGGGGAUUGACGACUUCAUGAGUGAAAUCUUAAAUGAUCCUGCUGAUUCAAUCAAACGUGAGGAUUCGAGCUCUAGUGCCACUGGACUGGGGUCAAAACGUCUGAUGAACAUAAAUACUGGUGAUAACGGGGGAAGCUCCAGAAAAAGAGCACGUAGGUAA